UGUAUUUCAGCAGACUCACCUCACACUCUUCAGUUCGUGCUUUUUUGAACUCAGCUGACAUUUUUCCAGUCGGAAGUUUUAAAUAAACGGAACCAAAGGCUGGACUGGGAUCUGGAUGCGCCGCUAAAGCGCGUCUGUCGCUCUGGUUUUUGUCCGUUUUUUUCUCCUGCUUUUCACAUAUGGGGUGGAUUUAAUUUGUGAGCUAUGCUACAGCGCUGGAUUGCUGGGAAGAAGAAGGAGGCUGUCGAAGUUGGGACUGUGGAGAGGAAGGUUUAGGCAGAACCAGAGUCUAAAGAUCAGGACGAGCGUCUCCACUUCAGACGAGGUUCCAGCAUCAACACAUCCAAUACGUGGACCGCUGACGCCGCUGUCGUCCAAUGGAAGCUGUGAUGAGUGAGGAGAUCGUGGAGGACCAGGCCAAGCUGAAACAGGGUCUGGUCAAAGUCCUCCAGUGCGUGGCCACCAUCUCUUCGGCCGCCGCCGUGGUCAACCCCAUCUUCGGCGUGGCCGGCUCUCUGAUCCGGGUGGUGCUGCACCACAUCGACGACGAGGACAUCCGCACCCUGAAGCGCGAGUUCGGCUCGGUGAACCGGGCGCUGAACGAGAUCUCGCAGCAGAACCACAACACGCUGGUGCAGAUCAAGAAGGAGACGCUGGACGGCCAGUACUGCAGCGUGGAGGAGAACCUGCGCAACCAGUUCAGGAAGUUCAUGGAGAUGGUGGAGGCGCGUCCGGAGCACCGCCAACGCAAGAAGGACGACUUCGAGGAGAGCUACGCCAACGACCUGGGCGACCAGAACCUGCACACGCUGUACGACGGCGUGGUGGGCAAACCCAAGCUGUUCAGCCGGCCCAUCCUGGAGGUGUACCUGAAGCACUCGCAGGGCGACCGGCGCACCAUGGAGCGACUGUGCACGCGCCUCACAUACCUGUUCUGCAUCGGCCUCAUCGCGCUCAUGGGAUACGCCGCCGUCAUCGGGGACGACGAGGAGGGUCUGAGCGAGGAGUGGGCGGAGAAGAUGGAGCAUGUGCAGGAGAAGAUGCAGGAAGCUCUUCACAGGUGCAAAUAAAAAUGAAGAAGAAGAAGAAGUAGAAGAAGAGCUUUUGUGCUGCUGCUUGGCUUCAUGCUCUGAACUCUGUCCACAUUCCCUCCUCAGUCUUUGACCUAAAGGCACUCGAAGGCGUCUCGGUUCACCGUCACCUCCACCUUUUAGUCCCAGAC